AUGUCUCAAUUAACUCAAGAAGGGGGCGUUGAACAAAAUACGCCUAACUUAGUCCACAUAAUAUUGGACGAAGAAGUUGCGACAAAUAUACCUGAAGAUAACCUAGAUGAAUUAACGAAUAGAGAAUUAAACGGAUGGAAAUUGUAUCAAAUCGGUUCUGGGGCAUUUACUCCAAUGCAGACAAUAAUGAUUUUUGUGUUGACAACUCUCGUAGCGGAAUCAGGGUUUGAAUUGGAUCGUCAGACUCCUUGCAAAACGGAAGUUGCUGGCUAUAAAUGCGUCAAUAAAUUUGUAUUUUGGUAUAUUGAUACGUCAAAUUAUAAUAGAUACAUAUUUGCAAUCACUACGGUAGUGCAAUGCAUACUUUUUCUUUUUCUCGGAUCUCUUGCGGAUUUUGGAGGAUACCGCAAGAAAUUUCUUUUCUUUUUUUCUUACGUGGGUGCGUUUGCGGCUGUUUUAUUUUUAUUGGUGCUUAAUCCUCAGUUAUAUUGGCUCGCUGGACUUUUAAGCAUCACAGCAAUUGCUUGCACGCAAAUAGCAAUCGUAUUUUAUUUUGCAUACAUUCCAACAUAUACGCGCUUGCAUCCUGAAGUUAUAGAAUCAAAAGCAAGUCAUUUACCACUCGAAGAAAUUACAAAAGUUCAGGAUAAAGUUUCAACGUCAUUCACUACACAUUCUAUGGGAAUUAGUUUCAUUAGCUUCAUUAUAAAUUGUCUUGCGCAAAUAGGAAUUGGUAUUUCAAUGAAUCAUACUUUGUAUAGCCAAAGUGUGUCCAUUGCUUUUUCCGGUAUAUGGGGUAUAAUAUUUUAUACCAUUCCAUUUUACUUUAUGCGAAAUCGCGAGAAUCCCCCUUUACCCAGUGGACAAAAAUUUUAUACAUACUCAAUCAAGAGGUUCUUUCAUACCUUACCAAAACUUUAUCACUUGAAAGAAUUUUCAAAAUAUUUAAUCGCGAGUCUUCUAAUCGGAGAUUCAAUGGCAAACCAUUUAGGCACAAUGACAACGUUGGUGAUGCAAUUACAACCGUCAUUUACUUUAUCGGAGGUAGCAAUAGGUGCAAUAAUAUUUCCAAUUGGGGGAUUUUUUGGAGUUUAUUUAUUUCUUUUUAUUCAAAAAAAAUUUGGUUUAUCGGUUAAAGCAAUUAUGUUAAUUUCUGUCGGAUGUUAUUCAUUAGUACAAAUCUUUGAAUUAUUGGGACAUUGGGCCAAACCUAUAGAUACAUUCACUAAUGAUGGGCUGUAUUGGUUUAUUACCGUUUGUUCAGCAAUUUGCAUUGGUUUAAUAUCAACUUAUAAAAGAUUAUUGGGUGCUAGCUUGAUGCCUCCUAAUGCUGAUAAUGAGUUUACUACGCUAAUUGGUAUCAUGGAUAAUAUAACUAGUUGGAUAACUCCCCUUAUAUUAGUCGCUAUUACUGACGUUUCACAUGUAGAGAAUGGUAAAGUUGAAGGUGAAAUAUUCGUUAAUAGACGAAAGACUAAAUGA